AUGUCUCGUCUGAUAAGAGCUAUGAUCAUGGGACCACCCGGAUCAGGGAAGGGCACGAUGUCAUCUCGGAUAGCCAAAGAAUUCAAGCUGAACCAUCUUUCAAGUGGAGAUCUUCUUCGGAGUCAGAUUCAACAGCAGACAGCUGUUGGACUCCUAGCCAAGCAGUUUAUUGAUAAAGGAAGUCUCGUUCCAGAUGAUGUCAUGGUUAAGCUCAUCACACAUGAGCUGAAUGGACUACCACCAAAUUGGUUAUUAGAUGGUUUCCCACGAACUGUGGCACAAGCAGAGGCUUUGUCAAAGAAUCAGCAAAUUGAUACUGUUAUGAACCUAGAUGUGCCCUUUGAUGUCAUAGUUCAGAGGUUAGAAUGGCGGUGGAUACACCCAGGGAGUGAUCGUGUCUACAACUUGGACUGGAAUCCUCCCAAAGUACCUUUUAAGGAUGAUAAAACAGGAGAGGAUUUGGUUCAGAGAGAGGAUGACAAACCAGAGACAGUAAGAGCAAGACUUGAUCUUUAUCAACAACUCACAAAACCAGUCCUAGAAUUCUACAGAUCCAAAGGGGUUUUAACCGAGUUCCACGGUACAGAGACCAAUCAGAUCUGGCCUCAUGUCCAAGACUUCUUAUCAGGUCUUCUCCAGCAUCCUACCAAGCAAAGUGAAUGA